CAGGAAUAUCUUGAUUUUGUUUUCUGCUUUGCAGGAGUAACGACCAUCAAUGCUCUUAUCAUCUCUGCACUCAAUUGCUUCGUCGAAAAUGUGUUCAUGUAUGACAUGGGUAUUUGGGCUGCGUUGCAAGCAUUAUUUGACCAAGACAAACAUGCCCUGAACAAUACUCUGUCAUGCUGUUGUACGCAGAAUAUUGGGCUGUGA